UCAAUACUUUCCAUUUGACCAUAAAUGCCUUGCCUUCCCGGCCUAUCUAUCUCGGUUUAUUUCUGCUUCUUCACACAUCCACAUUAAUCCCAAUCGCCAACCCUUCCUUUUUUGGUUGUUUCUUGUUCGAAGAGCUGUGCUCAUAUCUACCUUCUUUACUGUAUUACUUCGUCACACUUGACAAACUUACUUUCGACCACUCUUUAUUUUCUGUUAAGUGUCUGGAUAUACACUCUUUCAACAUGAAGAACUUCGGAGCUAUCUUGAUCACCCUGGCCGCCGCUGCCUCUUUCGGAGCCGCGCUACCCACUCAGCCGGGCUCGGGUGUUAUCGAAGCCCGCAACAACGCUCACGGCUUUGCUCUCGACGUCAGAUUCCCCAAGCACAAGAACAAGGGCGCUAAGGCCGCCGCCGCUGCCGCUGCUGCCAACAACGCAACUGCCGCUGCAGUCGACUCCAACGCUGCCGCUGCCAACGGAACUGCCGCCGCUGGACAAGACGCCGCCGCAGGCGAUGGCAAGAAGGGCAAGAAGGCCAAGGCUGCUGCCGCCAAGGCCGCUGCUGCCCAGGACGCCGCUGCCGCCCAGGCUAGCGGUGCUGCUUCUCAGGAUGCCGCCGCUGCUCAACAAAGUGCCGCUGCUUCUGCAGACCAGGGUGCCGCCGCCUCCGCUGACCAAGGUGCUGCUGCUCAACAGGGUGCUACGGCUCAAGGCGCGGAUCAACAGGGCGGUAACGCACUCACCGACCUCGUCGGUGGCCUCCUCGGCGGUGGUGCUAACGGCGCAGACCCUCUCGCAAGCCUUCUCGGUGGAGCCGCGGGUGGCAACGCUGCUGGCGCCCAAGGUGCCGGUGCCGCACAAGGCGCUGCAGCUCAGCAAGGCGCCGCCGGUCAGCAGGGUGGUCUAGCUGGUCUCCUCUCCGGCAUCCUCAAAUAAGCGUCUCCUCCCAAUGCUACUUAAUCCGAUAAUGACCGGGGGGGUUUGGUCGCCAAUGUAAAUAAUAGGGGCAAAUUAGACGGUGGAUAUUUUAAUGUGUCUUCCCCCCCGCAGCUUCCGCACAGCAAACGCGGCACA